AUGUUCUGUAUUUAUUGUCAACAGCUGAAAAGAAAUAUGCCAGCAUACUUGGCUUCUUGGAGGGCUUCUCCAUGUGUCUUUAGAUCCUCCAAAUCAGAACUCAUGCCAAAUCUAGCCAGUGAUGGAGUUGUCUGUGCUCCGCUUCAAACAUUCACCGAAGAGGAGACAAUGCUGAAAAAUAUGGUGACAAAAUUUGCUCAGGAACGAGUUGCACCUUUGGUACAAAAAAUGGAUGAGAAUUCGAAAAUGGAAGACUCUGUAAUACAAGGAUUGUUUGAACAAGGGCUGAUGGGUAUUGAGCUUGGGGAAGAAUAUGGAGGAACUGGAGCUUCAUUUUUUUCAAUCAUAUUGGUGGUAGAAGAAUUGGCCAAAGUUGAUCCAGCUGUAGCUCUUCUAUGUGAACUCCAGAAUACACUAACAAAUAAGUUGUUUACCACAUAUGGAACAGAAGAGCAAAAGAGAACUUACUUGCCCAGAGUCGCUAAAGAUACAAUAGGCAGUUUCUGUCUUUCGGAGGCUGGAUCUGGCAGCGAUGCUUUUUCUUUGAAGACUCGGGCUGAAAAGAAGGGAGACUACUAUAUUAUCAAUGGCUCAAAGAUGUGGAUUAGCUUAGCAGAACACGCAGGAGUUUUCUUUGUGAUGGCAAAUACAGAUCCGUCCUUAGGGUACAGGGGAAUUACAUGCUUCAUAGUAGAUCGCAACACAGAGGGACUACAUGUAGGGAAGAAGGAGGACAAGCUUGGAAUCAGAGCGUCUUCUACCUGCCCAGUAACAUUUGAAAACGUUAAGGUUCCUGAGACCAAUAUCCUGGGACAGGUUGGAAAAGGCUAUAAGUAUGCAAUUGGAAUGCUAAAUACUGGCAGAAUAGGUAUCGCUGCACAGAUGUUAGGACUGGCACAGGGGUGUUUUGACCACACGAUUCCCUAUACAAAGGAGAGAGUCCAGUUUGGGAAAAGCGUAUUCGAUUUCCAGGGGAUGCAACAUCAAAUAGCUCAGGUAGCCACACAGCUGGAGGCAGCGAGGUUGCUGACCUACAACGCAGCCCGUCUUGCGGAAACAGGAAGGCCAUUCAUAAAGGAGGCCAGCAUGGCCAAAUACUAUGCUGCUGAGGUUGCAACACUGACAACUAGUAAAUGUAUUGAAUGGAUGGGUGGCGUUGGAUUCACAAAAAAUUAUCCAAUAGAAAAGUACUAUCGUGACUGCAAGAUAGGUACAAUAUAUGAAGGAACUUCAAAUAUCCAGUUGAGCACCAUUGCAAAAAGCUUAGCACAGGAGUACUGAAACCAUAAGGACUUCUUGACUGUUAACAGAAAUUAUUUUGCUAAACGUUCAUUGUGAAUUACACAUUUAUUUGUAAUGAUAAAAACCAUAAAGAAGAAUACAUCAUCACAGACAAAAUCAUAAGGAAAACCAUGAAUUCCCCAUUUCAGGACAGUGAGUGUGUAAUUCAUGCAAAAUUGUGAAUUCCACAUUCAAAUCAAAAUCAUGGGUUAAAAGUAUUUCUUUCUGCCUGAGACACUUCUAAGCUGACACAUUGGCUGAAAGUAUUUUGUUGCUUUAGGUUAUACAAACAGUGUAUCUCCACUUUGAGAUUUCGAAGUGAAAAGAAGCCAAAUCUUUGGCUUGCCUGGUGUGAAAGGUUCUGUUAAGCCACCUGGGAGAAAGGACUCUACACGUGCUGCAGAACUGUUGCAUGGCGUGAAGCUGCUGUUUGUUCGUGAUGCCCUUUAUUAGCAUGGGGUACAGGUGAGGUAUGUGGAAAGAGUGAUGGCUUCCUCUCUCCCAGGUGGAGCGAUGUCUGUGGAGCUGCUGUAACUGGAGUAAUUUUUAUAGCAGCCCUUAGUGUGUUCUUAAGUAUAUCUUGGUAAUUAAGCCCUUCCAGCCCCAAUUUGUAGUACUGAAAGGUGGAUAAUAUCUGCCUCCCUUUCCAGCCUUCUCAGCUGUUAAGGGUUUUAAUCUAAGAGGCUAUUUACAGUUCUCCUUUCAUAAAAGGUUGAGUUGAAAUCUUUGUGAAAUGGCGUUAAAAAAGCUCUAGUAGUUGUGCAAAAGACAGAGAUAUAAGCUAGGUGAUAGGAAUGCUGUGAUACUACCUCACAGUGGCCUUUCCACGUUCAAUGCAUUUUACAAACUUUAAUCCUCAGGGCCUUCCUGGGAGUUAGGGAGGGACUGUUAAUUUGCAGCCUAGAAAACUCACUCAUGGAAGUUAGUGGUUCUCUAGCAAAGUUUUUCUCCUUUUGAAAGAGAGAGAAGGGGGGGGGGUAAGAAGUACUUGCUUUUUUAUCCCUCUCUGUUUACUUUAAAAUUAGACAUUUUAUUUAUGGCAGAAACCUCUUCAGUGCUGGAGAGCUAAUUAACUAAGAAUCAAAGAGACGGAAAGCUUAAUAUAUGAAAAAUCAUUAUAAUUGCUGUAAUUGACAAUUUGUUUUGAGUGGUUUUGGGAGGGAAGCAUUGGUUUUCUGGUUUUGGCUGACUUAGAAGAAUCUCAUUUUUAAAGCUUGCUAGUCACUGAUGAUUCACUUUGAGUGGAGCUUAGAAUGUUACAGGCUGAGACUCCCAAAGGAUUUUCUAGCAAAACUAGGGUAAAUGACACUUAACAAGUAAGAAUUUGUAAAAAAAGCAGGCUGCAGUGCCUUAUACAAAGAAACAAGCAAGGAGGAAAAGCUCUAUUAAAAAGUUUUCUGACUUUCUGUCAGCUUCAAAGGGAAGUAACUACUUUAGUGAAUUACUCCCCCUACAUACACGCUUUGCCUGUUGAUAGGCGAAGAAUUAAUGUGGUAAUGAUCCUUAUGCCAAUAAAAAAAGCCCCUCCCAUAUCAGUUUGAUCAACAGCUUUGAGAUUUUCAAAAAUACAAGAGUAGGAGGGUAGACUAGAUGAUUUCUGAAGUUUUCUUCUAGCAUUAUUAUUAUUAUUAUUAUCAUCAUCAUUAUCAUUAUUAAUGCAUUUCAGGUUGUUUGCAGGCUUUCUUUCAGCUCAAUUGAAACGGCUGGGGAGAUGUUAGACUAGAAUUAAGACUACAGACACCGCAACAGUUAACUACAGUUAUUCUGCUCAACACAGUCUGUCUGCGAGUCUAAAAUUAUCAUAACCAUACUACAAAAUGCUUGAGUCAGCGUUGAUUACUGUGAUGAGUUGCGCUAAUGUGAGGCAGUCCUUAGCUGCUGUGGUUUAGCCUGCUUUGCUAACAUGAGUGUCAGCAGAGAUCAGGUUUUGAUUCAUACUGUUUAAUAGGUCCCCUAGUUUGAGAUACUACCUUAGCUUGGCUUCUGCAGUUUUGCAUGAGGCUAGGAAGCGAGUGGCAAUACUUAACUGACUUAAUAUAGUGCUAAAAGCAAACCCUUCAUGAAGGAAAGUGCAGAGCUCUUCGAAGGACGGACUGUUAAAGGCUGGAUAUCCAGGAUUAUGUAAAAGGACUAUCUCUUUUUGUAGAACUGCGUCAGGUAUCCAUUUGAAAAAAUAAUGAGGAAAAAAAUCAAAAUCAUGUGAUUUCCUACAGUCUGAACUCAGAUGCCAUAGUCCAGGAAACAACCUGAACAACCUCAUCAGCUACUCAACAGUUCUUCUCAGAAAAGCAAGGCCAAGUCUUUAACUAAUGUUACAGCUGUAAAUAUUUCACGUGUCUCAGUUCUAUAUGCUGUAUUCUGUACACAGUAACUUUUGAAAGAAAUGUAUGUAUUGUAUUUGACUUUUGACUACGAAAUUCUGUGGAGGAAUAUGCAUACAAAUUAAUUAUAACCACGGAGUUUCUUUUAUCGUUGUUUUAAAAGGGCACGUACCACUGUGGAGAGCAUUGGCUAUUCUGUCGCCGACUCUGGCAAGAAUUAACUUGUUUCAUCCCCUUAAGUCUGAUUCCAUUGCUGCACUAACACAGACGUUGGUUUAGUAAUAAGAUGGGCUGUGCUGUUGUCCAGGAGCUGUUAAGAGCUGCCUGUGCUGCCCACCCCCUGUUCAGUUUGGGACAGGCAUUUAUGGAUUGUCAUAAAUUGCAUUUCUGCAUUUGGCAUUGUGAGCACAGGGCUGUUGACGGUGGCUGGCUGCACCAGUAGGUGUAGGGCUGCAGAGCUGGCGUCGUGAACACUAUGAGGCUUUCUGUGCUAAUGACAGGAUUCAAAGUUGCUUUAUACACCAUAUGCAUUUAUAUUAGUGAGUUUUCCCUUUAUAUGCCCUUAGUGAGCCCAGUCAAUCUAGUCUAUUGCCCUGGAACAGCAUUUUUCAGUAUCAAAUGGGCUCCCACAGUUAGCAGAAAAGACCUGUACUGAGAAUGUAAUAAAAGUGCCUGAAUUUUAUAUUUGACAAUACAGUGCUAAUCCUGUACAUCAGGUGAUGGUUGUCUAAUAAUCUGUCAUUUUAAAUUGUGUCCCAGAUCUUGCAAUUUUUGUACUGGGAGAGAAUGAAUGUAUCUUUUAUCAGGUUUCUUUAGUAUUAUUGUGGUUUGUGAUAAAGGUCUGAGGCAGGUUUCCACAGAAAGGUUUAAUUGCUACAUGGGAAAUACUCAAAUACAACAUUUUAUAUGAUGUUUUCUGUGUUGUUGUUUUUUCUUUCAUAUUUUCUUUUCCCCAUAUAAAGAUUGUGUUAGAAAAGGCUUAUGUGAAAUAUAAAGUAAUUGUUCACUGGGAGCCUUUCACUAUGUAAAGAAUUUUCUAAUUAACAUGUUAUUGCAUUUCCAUUUAGAAAUCUUUUGGUGAGAGACACAUUUCAAGUUCUUCCUACCAAGCUAAGCUCGAUUUGAAACACAGGCUGGUUCGAAAGCAGCUGUCUGACUUUCCUGAGCUUGCUUAUUGAAUACAUGAAAGCUGAAGAAACGUUUUUUCUCAACCCCAGAAUGUAUUCAGUGUACCACUGUGAUAGAUCUUCUCCUAAGAGAAUUACAUGAAAGUGGUUAACAGCUACCAGAAAUACUUCAUAAAUAUUUACCCGUUCUGUUAUCACGGUGCAAACUGUUGGCGGAGGCACAAAUCAAGUGAGCUGACGAGCAGAUGAACAUGUAUUGUAUGAUUCCCAAAGAAUUUUCACGUGAUUUGUCAUUUUAUGUUGUAUUGAAAUACAGUCAUUGCAGAGCGUUUUG